UCGGAAUCGGAAAACAAGCUGGCUGUGACUUGGAGGUGAAGUGCAUUUUUUUCUGAAGGACCAACGCCGAAUUUCCAUAAAAUUAAGGUCUUGCCAGCCAGAAGACAGGAGCCAACAAGACAGGAGGAGGUGUACCCUGUUGUUCAUAAAUAUGGCAUCAAAAAGAAAAAUGGAUUAUGAUGACAGUCGUUGGACUAAACGAAGACGUGUUAAAAUGAAAGUACAGGAGCACUUGAAGUUUUUGGCAGACUGCCAUAAUGACGAGGACAUUGAACCAACAAAUAUCGAUUUAAUUGCAUCAGAGGAAGAGUUGGAGUCUCAUGGAAGUAACAAUUCAAAUGACAGACAGAUCUAUGGACAUCAUAGUGAAGAGUUGGGGUGUCAAAGUGAUGAAUCACAUUCUGAAGUUGUUUCCAAACACAGUUUUGAAGCCACAAAUGAUCAGACUGAUUCGGAAAGCACAGGUGACAACUCAGACCCUUGUAGGAAAUUGAGAGACUGGGCAGUAAAUCACAAUAUUUCACAUAGUGCCCUUUCAGAGUUGUUGCACUUAUUAGUGCAGUGUGGCUUAGAGUUACCAAAAGAUCCAAGAACUCUUUUGUCAACCUUAACAACCUAUGAAAUCAAAGACAUCGGAACUGGAUGCUAUUGCCAUAUUGAGUGUCUAACUUAAUCAUUUCAGCGCUGUCAAAGGAAGCACAUUCCUCAGUAGACACUAUAACACUGCGCAUUAACAUUGAUGGUAUACCCCUCUCAGGCAGCUCUAAACAGGAGUUAUGGCCUAUUCUGGCUAAGAUCAAGGAACUUCCCAGAGCUAAUGUUGGUGUCAUUGGUCUGUUUGCAGGCCCAACAAAGCCUCAAUUGGUUCAUGAAUACCUAAAGGAUUUAAUUGAGGAGUUGAAGCUAUUAAUGCGUGAUGGUCUAGAAUACAAUGAAAGACAUUACAAUGUUGCUCUUCCAGAUGCAUUUAUUUGUGAUGCACCUGCUCGUGCCUACUUGAAAUGCAUCAAAGGUCACACUGGCUACAGCUCCUGUGAGCGAUGUACUGAGUAUGGGGUUCAUUUAGGUACAGUUGUGUUUCCAGAAUUGACUGCACCGCUUCGGACAGACUUGACCUUUGAUCAGCAGCUUGAUAGUGAACAUCACCAUAAUGAUAUAGUCUCACCGCUACAAGAGCUUGGCAUUACAAUGGUCUCGAGCUUUGUCCUUGACUAUAUGCAUUUGGUAUGCUUAGGACAUGUUAGAAGAAUUGUACAUCUUUGGACCAAGGGACCUUUAAGUAGUCGUCUUUCUGCUUCCACAAUCAACAUGAUUUCUGAUCACUUGGAAUCAAUCAGAGCAAAUCUCCCACAGAAUUUUUCACGUAAGCUAAGGUCAAUUUUCUUCGAGAAUACAGAAAUUGGAAGGCCACUGAAUAUCGGCAGUUUCUGUUGUACACAGGUCCUGUGGUACUGAAAGGACGCCUACCAACAAGGCUGUACAAAAACUUUAUGCUAAUUUCUGUUGCAAUGAGGAUACUUCUCAGUCCAGCCUUGUGCUCUAAGCACUGUGAAUAUGCAGACAAGCUACUGAAAUGUUAUGUGACAAAUUUUGGACGGAUAUAUGGAUCAGAGCAGCUAGUCUAUAACACUCACUCACUCAUCCAUCUUGCUGAUGAUGCCAGAAACUUUGGUGCCCUAGACAACGUCUCAUGUUUCCCUUUCGAAAACCAUCUGGGGACUAUGAAGCGGCUAGUGAGACGUCCCCAAGGCACAGUUCAACAACUCGUAAGACGUCUCAGUGAAAAGCAGCGUUCGCUCUCCCUUAAAAGUGGAAAAGAGAGGGCAAAUAAGCCUCUACAACCACAUUUCUCAGGUCCGACUCUCCCUGAUGUUCCUGUCCGCAUGCAGUACAUGAAGUACAGACAUGAGAGCAAUAUAAUUUCUCGUCGUGAAGGCAGCAAUUGUUUUAAUGUUAAGGGCAAAGUUGCUGUGGUGCGGAACAUUGUUGAGUUGGUAUCAGGGGGUAUGUACGCAGUCUGUCAGUUUUAUGAAAAAGAAGGCAGCUUUUACAACUACCCUAUUGAGUCAACGUGUGUGGGGAUUAGAACAGUGACACGGCUGUCUCACCAGCUGCACGGUGUGUCAGUCACAGAUUUAACUGAGAGACUAAUACUUCUGCCAUUGCAGGAUGGAGCUGUUGCAUUUAUCCAAUUACACAAUCGGUAACUAUUAUGAACUUUGCAGCAUGCCCCUGUUCUGUGUUGUCGAGUUUAUUGAUGAGACCUUCGAUGGCCAAUCUGUGGUGGAUAUAAUUCCAACAUGCUGGAUGACCGAAGAACAAAAUAAGUGUUUCUGGCCAUCAGGACGUAAUGUAACCAAGGCAGUGAAGGACCGACAGAAGCAAGAGGAAUCGUGGCCGAAAUACUCCAUCAGGGUACUUGGAUGGGCAGACACUUUCGAGGCUGCUCGCAAAAAAUCUAAAAAAGCGGAGGCAACAUCUGACUUACAGACAGAUGGUGAUGAUUUACCUGCAAGGCGAAAAAGGAGAGCACCAAAACCCCUGCUGGCUUCCAGUGAAGAGGAAACGGACAUUGAGGGAGAUGUCUUGCCACCUCCUCCCGAGGCGUUUGUGUCUAAGAAAAUGUGGGGUGCAGGUGAAGCCCGGACAAAAAACAGGAGGAGAAGCCGCAGCCCUCGUGUGUCCCAGAGGGGACUCAGCAGCCCUCAUGUGUCUCAUAGGGGAAGCCGCAGCCCUCGUGUGUCCCAGAGAAGAAGCCGCAGCCCUCGUGUGUCCCAGAGAAGAAGCCGCAGCCCUCGUGUGUCCCAGAGAAGAAGUCGCAGCCCUCAUGUGUUCCAUAGGGGAAGCCGAAGCCCUUGUGUGUCCCAGAGGGGACUAAGCAGCCCUCACGUUUCCGGGUGGCGGAGCAGGUCCCAGGGAUCCCGCAGCCACAACGUUUCUGGGAGUGUGAGCGAGUUCACAACGCCUUAUGUUUCAAUGCAUUAUGAGCUUGUAGAUCUGCCAUUUCAGUAUUUGUAUUCGUUUUUUUGUUUUCGUUUAGAGGUAUUGAAAUGUUCCUUAAAGUCAAAGUUUCUGCUUCCAGAUUGUAUAGGUAACCAGGGUCAGCCCAGCAAGACAGAGUCUGACCCCGCGAAACCCCUGUGGGUCCCCCACAAGUGGCCUCAGCAUGAGCCUACUUGGCGGCAGCUCCACCCCGUCUCAUGGCCACAGAGCAGCCCAGUUACUGCGUGGCCAAAGUUUAGCUCCCCAAAAAAUUGAUGGAGCAAUGUUCAUCACACUAGUGACAUUGCUAGAAGAAGUGAAGGACACACUGAAGCUGCAUGGGCAGAUGCUAAACACACUGCUCAAAAAAGAUUCCAUGCCAGUCAUGGCAAUACCAGACGGUGCGGUUUUCCCCCUGGCCAACGUUGAGGACGUUUCUCGCCAUGAAUGAGAAGCUCUCAGACCCUGAAUUCCUGUCUGCAGUGGUUGCCAUGGUUGCAGACAUAGGGGGUUCCUCACUUGAAGAUGCCACUAGGAGGAUGAUGAAGUUCCUGAUGGUGCCAGAACUGCAACGGCAGUACAACGUGACCGGACGGAUGGGCAUGCUGUGCUUCAAAGAUCUGCGUCUUUUUGAAGUUUUCUAUGGUGCACUGAAGAGUAACGCUAUAACUCAGAAUGUGAACCGAAAGGAUGUGGAAAUGGCACUGGGGAAAUGGUUCACAGGCGCACGUGACCGUGGCGGGGAGAGGGCUGCAAGAGCCCUAAGAGAAAAACGAACAUCGACAACACAAACACCAUGACUGUUUUGGAUGUAUUUUUUGGAGAGAUGUUUUGUUUUCCUUUUUUCAGAAAUUUAAAAAAAAAAAAUUUACCGGUACAUGGUAAAAUUUAAAUUGUUAAAGAUUAUGUUUGUUGUUCAAUGAGUGUAUUUUGUAUUGUUUUUUUUCAGAGAUUUUUUAAAAAUAUUUUUUUAGUUUACCGUAUGUUGUGACAUUGUUUUUUAAAGAUAAUUUUUGUUGUUCAAUUUAAUAUAUUUCUUGCAGUUCAAAGCA